AUGCAACAAUUUCCCCGGCGCUCCCUUGAUCCUAUUACUGAAGAGAUCACCCCAGUGGACCAUGAAAUACUCCGUCAUGGUGGCACCUCGUCCAGCAUCGAAAGACUCCCUUCUCGCUUGCAACGAUCGAAGAGAGCAUCUACAGACAUUCGUCAACAGCUAGAGGAUCUCGUCUAUGAUGCCAGUUACCUGAAAGCCGAACUCCAGUGGCAGAAGGAAUCCAAACAAGCUCUACUGCAAUUCCAUGAGGAGAUGUUCCGUAUCUUCCACAAGAUUGAGGACAUGCUGGUUCAGGUCACCGCAAGGCUUCGCGAUUCUGAGCAGCGUUACUUUGAAGUUCUGGGGUUUGAGGCCCAUGGUGGCAAUGAUGGGGGUAUGAUUUAA